AUGCCAGUUCCACUUGCCCCUUACCCAACUCCACCACCAGCUCCAUAUACACCACCAUCAGCAAAUGGUUCACAGAGUCAACUUGUGUGUUCUGGUUGUAGAAACCUUCUGGUCUAUCCAGUUGGAGCUACUUCUGUAUGCUGUGCUGUUUGCAAUGCUGUCACAGCAGUGCCACCUCCUGGCACAGAAAUGGCUCAAUUAGUUUGUGGAGGAUGCCAUACUCUACUCAUGUACAUCCGCGGAGCGACGAGCGUUCAAUGCUCUUGUUGUCACACAGUCAAUCUAGCUUUGGAAGCAAAUCAGGUAGCCCAUGUCAAUUGUGGUAACUGCAGGAUGCUUCUUAUGUACCAAUAUGGAGCAAGAUCCGUGAAAUGUGCAGUUUGCAAUUUUGUUACCUCAGUUGGGGCUUCAGCGAGCACCACUGAGCAGAAGUUCAGCACCUAA